AUGGCUUCAGAGGUCCCACCUCUACGCAUUCAGAAGGGCAGCAAUGGCUCUCCGUCCAAGCUGCCCCGAGUAACCAACCGUCCAUUGUCCGAGCUUAGCCCCAUGGCAAUCCGUAGAAAUUCCCCGAGUUUCCCUCAAGCAAAGGGCAAACUGUUCACCACCUCCGAAUCCUCACCUGCAGGAUCUUCCCCAUUCUCUGCUGCCUCCCCACGCCUCUUCUGGCAGGGACGGGAUCCUAACUCCCCUGCCAGAGAGAAUAGCAGUAUCUUCGAUCCUCUCGCUCCUUCCCCCAACAAACGGUCAUCCAUUGAGAAUCUGAAGAAGGCCUCGCGGGUCAAGAACAGCAGUAUGUUUGCCAUCGAACAAAGCACCAACUACGAUCCUUCCAGGCCCACCAUCCUCGAUGGUCGCCCGCUAAGCGUGCAGUCGCUUGGACCGCAAUCACCGAUUCGGACUUCAGACGCGCUGCGAAAGGAGAACUUUGCUCCUGCGAAAAGUUCACCCGGGCAGUACACAGCAAAGGCGAGCCAGGAGGACGCUGCAUCGGCCACAACUAAGAUUGUGUCUCCUCUGUCUCCAAGCAGGCUGAACACUUCACCUGCCAAGUCAUCCUUGUCCAAAAAGACUGGCGCAGACUUUAGACGAAGUGGAUUCGACCCUGAGACCGGUAUCUGGGAGGAUGAGGACGAUGUCCACAACAAGCAACUCCCGGCUGGCCGUGGCCUUCACCGUCAUCACAAGAGCGUCACGUUUGACCAAGCACCACCCCAGAUUAACGAGUACGAAGAGCCCACGCCAGCCCCGUCCUCCAUUGCGUCCGAGUCUCGGGAAGGUAGCUGUGAGUCUGUAGAGGAUGAAGAUGAGGACCUCAGCUUUGAACGUGGUUCUUCCAUGGAUCAUGACGACAGCUUCGAUGCAUCACUUGAGGAUACCGAAAAGACCCCUGUCGUACUGCCAGAGGAUUGGAGGUUCAUGAGCCCAGACACCGCGAAUAAAGAUCUCGCACAUGGCGAAGAAGACGUCUUUGAUGACGACUGUGGCAGUCCAGCUCCCACAGCUCAACCAGGCGCGUUGGCCUACCGCCCACACCAGACGAGCGCGGGCUCGGUCGAUUCAAAUGGCCAGAAUCGUCCUUUGCCCCCACUUCCUCCAAUGAGUCUUGGUCACAAGAAAUCACCAUCUGAUCGCCUAUCAGGAGCAUUUGAGCGGAUGAGCAUUGGACAACGAUCACUACCAACACCUCCGAUGGCCACCACAAUUUCCAAAGCCGACAUCCAGAAGAUGGGAACGACCAGUUCACUGACUGCGGAUGAUCGUUUGCGACUUAUGGCUCUACAAGAACAGGAUAGAGAACGUCGCAUGAGAAGAUUGGGGUCCAAAGAGCCGACCCCAGUUCGUGCUGCAAGCGUAGAGGAUUCAGUAAUUGUACAUGGAGAGCCCGGCCCAGAACUCGUGGAGUCAAGGGAGUCAACUCCUCAAAUUUCUCGCGCUUCUGUCCUGCAGGGCCUUCGUGGAGAAUUCAGUUGUGACAGCCGUGAGAGCAGCGCCGAUACCGAUGGUCCUCAUACGAACAGAAGAUUUGAUCCGGAUGUGGCAAUUCCAUCAAUGGAAGAUCCCACACAUGCUCACGCUCAGAGUGCCUACAUCAAAGAGGAAGAUCCAGAGGAUCAAGACCUGUACUCAAUCCCCGAUGCCUACAAUCGCCGUAUCGUCUCAGAGUCAGACCAAAGCGCGAAUCAAGAUGAUGAUAUGACAAGUCAGUAUUCCCAGCCGUCAGUUGCAGGCUUACCCGUCUCAAUGCCAGCCCUGGAAGAUGGGCAACAUACACCAAAAGCUCAGAGUCCUCAAACGGCGAUCAAUUCAAGGUUCCUGACUUCGGAACGUGUGUCUUUGCCCGAUUUCACCGAUUUCGGUGGAGGCAACGAUUUCAAUGUCGGUCUCACGCCUUAUUUGAGCCGGAAGGAAGAAAAGCUGGUACCACCAAUCCCAGCACUAUCCACCACUAACGUACCAGAUCUGGCUGCACUGCGGCAAUCGAUUCAACGAUCCUAUAGCCCGGACACUCAGCAGUCAGUAGUACCACAGAGUCCUGUCGUACAUAGUUUCAAGCAACGAAGUCCUGGUACACCGGAGUCGAUCGUACGGCACUCAGUUGCUGUCAAAGCGUUUGGCCGAACCCAAGUGAACGACUUUCCUGAGGUAUCCAAGUCUGAUACUAAUAGUGAUCGAUCGAUCUCGCCUUCAGACAGUGGCUCAGUGAUUGUCAAUCCCAAAGAAGCGUCUCCAGUCUCACCAAUCUCUACCGAGUUCCCCGAGAACAACCAAGUCCCGGCCUCAUUAUCCCCAGAAGCUGUAGAUCAAAAUGCCGUCGAAGCGAAGGAGCCAGCACAGCUCCAAGUGCCGGUAAAUGCUAAGCGGGUCAGCAGCUUGGUUCCCCUGGAGAUUGCCCAUGAAGAACUUGAUGAUGGCCUCGGGUUGGGCCUAGAAAAGGAGUUUGACCGUGUGGUCGAGGCACAAAAGGUAGAGUUUGAACUCUCAUUACAGCGCUUGUACUACCCCUUCAAUGGACGCUUCCCAUCGAAUGAGUCUCCCCCACAGACCAACUUUGCCAAUCGUUCAAACCGUUCUUAUAUUCUUGAAGAAGAUUCAUUUGCUAAUAGAUCUCCAAAACAACAGCGAGGUUAUCUCAUGCGACAGAACACGAAAAUUGUGGUUGCGACUGAACGUACCUCACAAGAUGAAUGCCGCUCUCCAGGCCUUCCCACAGAUGGAGAUGCUAAUCUGCUGAGCCCCAGAUCACCCGCAAAUCAGGUCCAAGCAUCACCACGUAAAACCAGUCAGCCAACCUGGACAGCUGAGCCAUGGAAUGGCAAGGUGAGAAGGAAGAGCAUUCGUGUGGGCGGUGAGAAGGCCCUGGGUCAAAGAAAACCAGUCAGCGGCCCUGCCCCACCACUGCCAGGUCAAUGUAGUAACGUCCAAGAAAGCCUUGGUGCUGUGGCAGAGGACGAACUAGGUGAAGAAGAGGACUGGGAAGAUGGUGCAGAAAGAGGACGGCUCUUUGUGAAGGUCGUGGGCGUCAAAGACUUGCAGAUGCCUUUCCCUCAACAUGAACAAACAUAUUUUGCCUUGACACUGGACAACGGGCUUCAUUGCGUCACUACUGCUUGGUUGGAACUCUCACGCAGUGCCCCCAUCGGCCAAGAGUUUGAGCUUGUCGUACUCAAUGACCUUGAGUUCCAGCUCACAUUGCAAAUGAAAUUAGAGGAGCCCAAGGUUGAACGCCCACAAUCACCUUCAAAACCACCAGCCUCCCCUAAGAAGCAGGGUGCUUUCGGCAGACUGUUUGGAUCUCCUAAGAAGAAGAAAGAGCUGGAGUUGAGAGCUCAGCAAGAGGCGCAGGCAGUCAGAAGACCAGUCACCCCACCCUCGGCGUAUGAGCUGGUUCAGGGGCUGGUGGCAAAGGAUGGAUCAUUUGCCCGGGCCUAUGUGGCUCUCAGCGAGCACGAAAAGCAUACAUACGGCCGGCCUUACACUGUGGAUAUUACUUGCUUUAAUGAAUGGGCUCUGGAAGAAGUCCAAGUGGGCAGCUCCAGAAGCAAGAAGGGAGUGGUCCAGAUGCAAAGACGGCCACCGUAUGAGAUCGGUAAACUCGAACUACAGCUGUUGUAUGUGCCGAAGCCUCGAGGCGCCAAGGAUGAUGAUAUGCCUAAGAGCAUGAACGGCGCCAUCCGUGCACUUCGCGAGGCUGAAGAGAAGGUGCAACAGCAAGCCAACAUCAGAGGCUUUGAAGGUUAUCUAAGUCAGCAAGGUGGAGACUGCCCGUACUGGCGACGCCGCUUUUUCAAACUUGCAGGACCCAAGUUGACAGCUUUUCACGAGACGACUCUUCAACCUCGAGCCACGAUCAAUCUUGCCAAGGCUAGCAGAUUGAUCGAUGACAAGUCUUCUCUUGUGCAAAAAGAAACAUCUACGAAGGGUGGUGGCCGUCGUAAGAGUGGUUUUGCCGAGGAGGAAGAAGGAUACAUGUUCGUUGAGGAAGGAUUUCGGAUCCGAUUUGCCAAUGGUGAGGUUAUUGACUUUUAUGCCGAUUCGACUGCAGACAAAGACGAAUGGAUGCAGGCAUUGGCACAAGUAGUCGGUAAGGGUGUGCAAGGCUCCUCGGCGCCUGUGAAAGGUUGGGUCGAAAUGGUCCUCAAGCGCGAGAAGAAGACAAAGGCAGAUGGCUUAUCAGGCAGUCAUCCCCCACGACCAGCUGGACAUCAGCGGACAGAAACAUACCAUGCCGGUGGUAUGGCAAGUCAUCAUAACAGCCCGGUGAAAUCCAAGGCUGGUCGCGAAGAGAAACAUCGGAAGACGAAGAGCAUGCAUGCCUAG